AUGGCAGACCGAUAUUCCUUCUCGUUAACCACCUUCUCCCCAAGUGGAAAGCUCGUUCAGAUAGAAUACGCUUUAAAUGCAGUCAACCAAGGAAUAACAGCCCUCGGUAUCAAAGCAACAAACGGCGUCGUCCUCGCUACUGAAAAAAAAUCCUCUUCAUCCCUAAUAACCCCAAACUCUCUCGAAAAAAUCUCCCUCAUAACCCCAAACAUCGGCAUGGUCUACGCCGGCAUGGGCCCGGAUUUCCGCGUCCUAGUCGACAAAGCCAGAAAAGUUUCACACACCUCUUACAAACGUAUCUACAACGAAUACCCUCCAACCCGUAUUCUCGUCCAAGAGGUCGCCAGGGUCGUUCAGGAGGCUACGCAGAGCGGUGGUGUUAGACCUUACGGGGUGAGUAUGUUGGUUGCUGGAUGGGAUGAACAUACCGAUCAACCGAGUUUGUAUCAGGUUGAUCCUUCGGGGAGUUAUUUCCCUUGGAAGGCAACGGCGAUAGGCAAGAGUGCUACCAGUGCGAAGACUUUCUUGGAGAAGAGGUAUGCGGAAGGUUUGGAGUUGGAGGAUGCUAUUCAUGUAGCGUUAUUGACAUUGAAGGAGACGAUUGAAGGAGAGAUGAACGGUGAUACCGUGGAGAUUGGCAUUGUUGGCCCUCCAGCGGACCACCUAUUAGGCUAUGACGGCGUCGAAGGCGCCCAAGGCCCCAGAUUUAGAAAGCUAACACCACAGGAGAUCGAAGAUUAUCUUACCAACUUAUAA